ACUUAAUGGGAUGAGACGCAAAACUCAUUCAAAACAGUCUCUUGAAGAAUCUGAUAUGCUUUCGCAGCCUUAGUCAUCGCAGCCAUAUGGUUUUUCUGGGCCCACCGGACUAUAUGCGGCUGCAUUUUUCAACGUGAACCUAUUUCAUUUUUGGAGUAAUACCGUGGCUACAGUAAGAUGCGAUUUUGAGGAGGGACAGUCAUGGAUUUAGGAUUUAGUUUGUUUCAUGAUAACGUGAGAUCACCGCUGAUAAAACACCAUGGAGUGAUCGACAUACAGUAACUGGGUUUUGGGAGAGAGGAGAUCGACCCUUUGGUCCAUCGGUUGCCUGUGUAUCAGUGCUCCAAUCCUGCGUUUUUGUUGACUGAGCCCUUGGGCAAUCGGCAUUAUUUUCUCUCCGUCUGUGGCUAGUGGGGGAAGCGGAGGGAGAGCCACGGUGGAAGGCGCCGUAUUGGCGUUAUAGCUGCCGAGCAGAAAUAUUCUUUUAUUUUUUGUGGAAUGAAACGUGGCUUAUGUUUUGCAACCGGACUACCAAACUUGUGGUUCACUGCAGAAUUUCCCGUCUUUUUCCUCCGCUGCAGAUGAUCCAGAAAACCAUCAUAGCGGUACCCCACCACUGCAAUUUUUGGGCAAAGAUAAGAGUGGCGUCGUCUUGCAGUUAAGGCUACUAUGGCAGCAUAGGGGCAUCUUAUGGAGGGGAGAAUCCGCCAAUGCCUUAUUAUUAGCAGAAAGCAGUGACUGGAUUUGAAACCCAGCGUCAUCCCGCGGUUUCCCCGUUUCAAAGCUGCUGUUUACCCAUUGGAAAUCACUCGAAAAAGCAGCGGAUCCCGAUGGCAUGGACACUUAUGCAAGGUCUGCCGCGCUGCCGCGCUACUGGAGCCUACUUGCUGUCUCUUCAUUCAACCCAGCUCCAUCGCCAUCGCCCCGCAGCCGAGAGAGCCCUGCCGCAACGCGACCAGCGACCACCGAGCCAAAGCAGGCGGCAUGAGGCUUGAUUCAGUACAUUUAUCCAUGCUGGUCAUCGGGGUCUCAUUCGCCUGCUACUCCCCGAGUUUGAAUUCCCUGCAGGACCAGGUUUACAAAUCAGCCGUGGUGAUCGAGGGAAAGGUGCAGUCUACGCCUGUGAACGUCUCCGCGGAGCCGUACCGUGUGAAUGUCAAAGUGCUGGAUGUUUGGCCCCUAAACAGCGGGGGUCUGGAGCGAGAACAGCUCGUCACCGUGGGGGAAUUUGGAUCUGAGGCUCCGUGCACCAAAGUGAAGAAGAAUCACAAGUACAUUUUUUUCAUGGACCCUACUGACGAACCCUUGGUUUUCAAGGCAUCGUUUGCGCCUCGGGACACCAGUGUGAAGAAUCUAAAAAAUGAUGUUGGGAAGAUCUUGUGUGAGGACUGCGCUGCGGCUCCAAAGUUAAAACCAAUGAAGAAUCCAAUGAUAGUGGACGAGGGAAGCAAGCUCAUCGUUAAGUGUGAGGCCACAGGGAGCCCUGUCCCCACCUACAGAUGGUUCAAAGAUGGCAACGAGCUGAAGAAAAGCAAAAAAGUCAAAAUACGGAACAGCCAGAAAAACUCCAGAGUCCAGAUCAGCAAAGCAAAACUGGAGGAUUCUGGGAAUUACACGUGUGUGGUGGAGAACCCGCUGGGAAAGGACAACUCCACUGGCACUGUUAACGUCCAAAGCAUAACCACAACGCCAUCUCCGGGCUCAGGCCACACCAGAAGAUGCAACGACACAGAGAAGCCCUACUGUGUGAAUGGCGGCGACUGUUACUUCAUACAUGGUAUAAAUCAGCUCUACUGCAAAUGUCAGGAUGGAUACUUCGGCCCACGAUGCUUACAGACUGAGCCGCUGCGGUUGUACAUGCCCAAUCCUUUAAAAAAGGCAGAGGAACUCUACCAGAAAAGAGUCCUGACAAUCACGGGUAUUUGUGUGGCUCUGUUGGUGGUGGGCAUCGUGUGUGUGGUUGCCUACUGUAAAACCAAGAAACAAAGAAAGAAGAUGCACAAUCAUCUGCGACAAAACAUGUGUCCAGAACAUCCCAAUCGUAACCUUGCUAACGGACCCAAUCACCCAGGACCAGGCCCAGAGGAAAUCCCUAUGGUAGAUUACAUAUCAAAGAAUAUCCCCGCAACUGAACGAGUCAUACGGCCUGCAACAGAGGGAUCGCUCCCUGCCAGUCAUGCUUCUUCCAGAUCUCACAACUCUUCCACACGAGCCCAUUCAUCAACUCACAGACAUGAGGAACGGACAUGGAGCCUGGACCAUUCUGACAGCAUCCUCUCUGACUCGCCGGGAAUGAUGUCAUCACCCGUGGGGACCAGUAAAUGCAGCAGUCCUGCGUGCAUGGAGGCACGGGCCCGGCGUGCUGCACACUGUGGCUACUCUGACCCUCAUCGGCCGGGCCUGCCGUAUGGAGACUCCUUUGACUCGCUGGGGGACUCUCCGCACAGCGACAGAUAUGUGUCAGCCCUGACAUCACCAGUCCGCCUCUCCCCAGUGGAUUUCCAUUACUCAUUGCCCUCGCAGGUGCCUACCUUCCAGAUCACAUCGCCCAAUGCCAGCCAUGCCAUGUCUCUCCCUCCUGCUGUCCACAACCCCUACCCUCUGGAGGAUGACCAGCCUCUGCUGCGCCGCUACCAGGUGCCCCUUCACGAUGCCCAGUGCCAGGAGCCCUACCAGCAGCAGCGUCACACCUAUCUUAAUGACAGCAGGGGCAGCCUGCCCUCCAGCCCUUACCGGCUGGCUAAAGAAGAAGACUAUGAGACCACCCAGGAAUAUCUCUCCUCUCGGGAGCAACCAAAGAGAAGUGGAUCCAGUGGAACUGGUAGCCGGCGCUGGCGGAGAUCCAGACUGAAUGGCCACGUAGCCCCACGUGGAUAUGAGGCAUCUCGGGACUAUGGGUCUCGAAGCUGCCUAACAGAUAGUGAGUCGGAGGAGGACGGUGAGAGCACGCCCUUCCUCAGUAUGCAGAACAUGAAUGCCGAGCCCUCCACCAUCUACAGGCCGGUGGACAGUCGGACUUCUCACUCAUCGGGGCGGCACAGUGGACGUGGGAACAUGCCUACAAGACUAACACACUCACGCUCCAAACCGGACAAUACACCUCAUUAGAGUGAAAAUGAACCAACAAAAAUCAAUAUAGUAUAGACCUGCAUCUAUAAGAAAUAUUUUUAUUUUAUAUAACUGACAGAUAUUCUAAACAAAUGAAAUAUUUAUUUUCAUUUUAGCAAAAGUUGUCUACUAGUUAACAGCAAAGACUUUUUUAUAGGGAAAACUCUAUUUAUAUGUACAUUUUGAUUUUAAGCAUAAAAAGAUGUGCCAGUUUUUUCACAACGUAAAAAAUAUAGAGUAAUAUUGUGGUGCCUUUUGCUGUAUGCCGAUGCCAGAGGGCCAGUGGAGGUUUUUGUAGCCUUUCUUAUACGGACGCCUCAUUUUUUAUACACGUUUUUUUUUUUCCUCUCUGGUUUACUGUUUUACUUUCUUUCCAAGUUGCAUUCUUUGAGGAGUCUAGCCCCACUGGAACAUAACCCCUUCCAUGUCAUGCAAUAUAAACCACUUCAACAUAAAGUGUAUGUUUACAUUAAUAUGAUUCACCUGUAGGGUUUAUGAUUUGGGUUCUAAUAGAACAGCUGAUAAUUACUAAGUAGAUCCUUUUUUCUCCUCUGAUUGUCGUGUGUGUGUGUGUGUGUGUCUGUGUGUGUGUGUGUGUUUGUACGUACUUGUGUGUAUGUGUGCGUGUGUGUGUGUGGCAGUUUGCUUGCAUGUAUUUGUGAUUUUUAAAUGAAUUUCAUUGUGUGUCGUGAUAACAUCAAAUGUGUGGGUCUACUGGUGUCUGAAAAAAGGGUGUGUCAGUGGUUCACAGAAUAGUGCUUUAUCAGAACAGUGACCCCCAAUGUAGAUGGACAGGUAAGGCUGCUGUAGGGUUGUAUGUUAUGCAGGUCAUUGCUUGAUGUGUUUACAGAUAUUCUGCCCCUUUCUUAGCCUGCUCCAAAUAAGUCCCUUUUUAUUUCCCAGCAGGUUUUCCUCGUGUUAGUCUGUUAUGAGGCCAACAAACACUGAGCCGCUUGACACAGGGGGACCCCUGCCAUCAGAGGUGAUGGCAAAACAAAAAAAAUACAUCUGUUUUCACUCAACUCAGCCCCUAAUCCCAUGCCUCAUCAUCCUUCUGUGUCCAUUCUGUUUUUGUAGCUCGUGUUAAAGCCCACACAGUGUCUCAGGAUUUCCACAUGCCCCCCUACCCCUUCCACUUUAAACCCCAUUCCCCAUCUUCCUCAACUUAAAGUCUACCUAAGACUCUGGUUCUCAGAUAAUAAAGGCCUAAAUGUUAAUAUACAGCCUACCAGUUUCCUGAACCCCCCCCCCAUACAGAAAGAAGGUAAGCCAAGUGGAAGCAGCUCAGUGGAAAACAGUGCAGAACAUACUAGAUCAUAUACAUGGAAACAGCUGUGAACUUUGGAGGAUCAUACAAUGCAAAAAUAUGCAAACUUUCUAUUUUGCUGUUUGAUUACAUCAUUUUCUAAGAGGUGGCUGUAUUGAGUUAUGUGUGGGGGAAAAAAGUAAUGUGAUCCCUAUAGUCUAGAAUGAAAUAACAUGAUGUGAAUGCAUAUUUGCAUGAGUUAGUUUUUAAAGCCAUUAUGCAGCCAUCUAUAAAGUUGUCAGCCUUUCUUGUUCACAUACUCGUGUCCAUUGAAUGACUGUGUCCAUGAAUUGUUUCAUCACUUGAUUCAGUCUGCUUACAUGCACACUUCCGAGUAAUGUCAAACAGCAUCCGGGUAGUGUCUCCUCCAAAAGUACUGUGUACUGCUUUGUCUUGUUGAAAGAUCUAGUCAUUUCAAAUUUACUCCGUAAAUGAUAAUUUUUAAGCUAAACAUUUAAGCCCCCUGUCCUCCACUGAAGGAAAAGUAAAUAUUAUAAAGGUAAUUGAAGAUUUGUCAGACCCGUUGAAAGUCACUCAGUGAGAGAGAGAACAGUUGUUUCAUCACUGUUGGUAUGUUUCUACUUGUAAAAAACAACUGUAUGCUGAAUUAUCAGAUUAUUAUUGGUUAAAUAACACUUUAAAAUAUUUAUCUGCAAUUUUAACUGCUAUAUGGUAAAUGCACAGUGGUAUUGUUGUAGAGAAAGGUCUUUGGUUGUCACAGCUCACUUGCAGAUAUUUUAUUGAGUUUCUCACAUCUGGGUCUAAUUUUGUAUGUCUGAAAAAUGCAAAAGAAGACAGUGCUCCUCUAGUUUAAAUGUGAGACUCCCUUCACUUUGCCAGUCUUCUCACCCAAUUGAGAUGCUACCAGGCAUGUCCUGCCAGUCUCUUUUGUUUAAUUUGAUGACCCGCCCUGCCCCACCCCACCCCACCCUCGCUUGAAAUGUUUAAACACCUCUCCUCUGCAUGUCCUUGUGGUCACGGUUAGAUGGGUGCAUGGUAAAAAAGCAGCAGAAAAUUCUUUUCCAGUCAGUGAAAGUGUAUUUCAUUUAACAUUCAGCAAUAAAAAAGAACCUUUCCCCCAUGUCAUUCCUGAAAUAUGCUAGGAAAAAAAA